AUGGCUACUACUAGUGUCCUCGCUUUUGAUGCUGAGGGUCGAGCCAUCGACUUUGACGUCUGGGUAGAUGACCUACAGCUGUUCUUACAGUGCGAUAGGGCAGACGGUCUCUCUCUCUUUGACCUCACCUCUGGCGCCCCUCUUGCCCCUGCUGCUAAUACUGACGCCACUGUUUGCUCCCAGUGGGCCACGCGCGAUGCUGCUGCACGUCUUGCUGUGCGUCGCCACCUCCCUACCUACGAGCGUGCGCACUUUAGUCAGUACAAGAGUGCUCAGACCUUGUACGACGCUGUAGUUGCACGCUACUCCUCCCUUGCCACUGCUGCACUGAGCUGUCUCAUGCUACCGUACCUCUUCCCUGACCUUGCUGCCUUUCCCACAGUCGCUGACCUCAUUACGCACCUCCGCACUAGUGACACUCGCUACCGCGCUGCGCUUCCUCCUGACUUCUGCGCUAAGAACCCCCUCCCCAUGUACAUCACUCUCUACUACUUAGUCACUCGCCUCCCUGACUCCCUUCGCGCAGUCAUGGACCACUUUCUCUCUGUUUGUCCCACCACUCUCUUUGUUGACCUCCUCAAGAAGUCCCUCCUAGCGGCCGAGAAGAGCAUCGUCGCUGUAGGGGCCUCUCGUGGUGACCCACGCACCCCCAUCUUUGAGGGGUGUUCCCCCUCCCCCCUUCUGCCCUCUAUUGCCUCUGCUGCUACGGCCGACCUCCUUGGGCUUGAGUCGGUCGGUGCGGCGUCUGCCCCUAGCGGGCGACGUCGCUCUGGCAAGAGCAAAGGGGGCAGGGGCACUGGAGGAGCGAGCGGGGGCGGUGGAGGUGGAGGUGGAGGCGGCGGGGGGAGUGGGGGUGGUGGUGGGAGUGGAGGUGGGGGUGGAGGUGUCGGUGGCGGCAGUGGAGGCGGAGGCGGCGGCGGCGGUGGCAGUGGGAGCAGAGGUAGCGGAGGUGGUGGCAGUGGAGGAGGCGGCGGAGGCGGCGGUAGUAGCGGAGGCGGCGGAGGCGGUGGAGGCGGCGGGGUUGGCGGUGGAGCUGGUCGAGAGUCGACGCAGAGGAGUGGCUCCAGUGGUGGUCAGUGCCAGCAGCAGCAGCGCGGGCGUGAGACCCUGUCCCCUCAGCACCUCCGUGAGUGGUACACUGCACGCCAGCAGGGUGGGGGGUUUGGUCCGUGCACCUACGUCCUGCGCACCGGCGACCGUGCGGGUGAGCAGUGUGGGGGUGCGCACCCCACCCAGCGGUGCUUUGGCCGCCUGACGGGUGCGUGGCGUCGCCAGUUCCCGGAGGCCACAGAGAUCCCUCGCUGGGGCGAGCUUUCUAGGGCGGGAGUAGCUAUCUACGAUCUUGAUUUUGAUGCCAUUCUUUCUGCCAUGUAUGCUGUGUCUAUUAGUGAUGAGGGUGACUGUUACCGGUGUUUCCCGCCCGAUCCGGGCAUUGAGACUGCUGCUCUAGGUACUGGUGAGGCUGCUGCCCUAGGUGCUUGCGAUGCUGCUGCUCUAGGUGCUGGUACGUGUGCGUCCUUAGGUACUGGUGAGUCUGCGCUCUUAGUCCUCCCGUGUCCGGCGGCUCCCUCUGGCACCCUGUCUGGUCUCUACCUCCCCUCGUUCUCUACGAAUUUGGUGAGUGGUGCUAUCCUACAGGAUGGGGGAGUCCACCAGUUCACUCCUGCGCGUCAGCGGACCCUCCUCUGGCACCACCGCCUUGGUCACCCCUCUCUGCUUGGGAUCAGAGGCAUGGCCUCCCGUCUUCUUGUUUCUGGUCUCCCCCGGUCCCUCCCUCCCCUUCCUCAGGGCCCUGGCCCUACUUGUGUCCCCUGUGUCGAGGGGCGCCAGCGGGCUGCCCCUCACUCCUCCCAGUUUCCUCCGCCAGAGGCCCCGCUGCAGACGCUUCACAUGGACGUGUGGGGCCCAGCCCGCGUCCGUGGACAGGGUCACGAGCGCUACUUCCUGCUUGUUGUUAACGACUACUCGCGUUACACCACGGUCUUUCCCUUACGCAGCAAGGGUGAUGUCACUGAGGUGCUGAUCGACUGGAUCCGCGCAGCUCGUCUCCAGCCCAGGAAGAGCUUUGGCUCGGACUUUCCUGUUCUGCGUCUGCACUCGGACAGAGGCGGAGAGUUUUCCUCUGGCCUUCUGAGAGCCUACUGUCGCGCACGAGGCAUCCGUCAGACCUUCACACUUCCGGACUCCCCGCAGCAAAAUGGGAUUGCUGAGCGCCGCAUUGGCAUGGUCAUGGACGUCGCUCGUACGUCUAUGAUGCAUGCGGCUGCUCCCCAUUUUCUGUGGCCGUUUGCGGUGAGGUACGCGGCGCAUCAGAUCAACCUCCACCCCCAGGUCUCCAUGCCGGAGACCUCCCCAGCCUUGCUGUGGACGGGGAAGGUUGGCGAUGCGUCGGCGUUCCGUGUCUCGGGAUCUCUAGCGUUUGUCCGCGACUUGUCUGCGGACAAGCUGUCCCCUCGUGCUGCUCCUUGCGUCUUCCUGGGGUUCCCCCUUGACGCGCCUGGGUGGCAGUUCUACCACCCCACCUCUCGCCGUGUUCUGUCCUCCCAGGACGUCACGUUUGACGAGUUGGUCCCCUACUACCGCCUCUUCCCCUACCGCACUCCGUCCCUCCCACCGCCGCCGCUUUUCCUUGUACCAGGUCCCCCUCCGGUAGACCCCCUCCCCCCUCAGGGUCCGUCCCCUUCAGGUGUGUCCCAGGUAGACGCAGUCGAGCCUGUCGAGGUCACUGGUGACUCUGGUGCUGCUGAGGGUGCUGAGCCUGGGGGUGCUGACUCUGGGGGUGCUGAGCCUGGGGGUGCUGACUCUGGGGGUGCUGAGCCUGGGGGUGCUUAUCCUGGAGGUGCUGAGCCUGGGGGUGCUGAGCCUGGGGGUGCUGAGCCUGGGGGUGCUGAGCCUGGGGGUGCUGAGCCUGGGGGUGUUGAGCCUGGGGGUGCUGAGCCUGGGGGUACUGGGCCUGGGGGUGCUGAGACUGGGGGUGCUGAGCCUGCGUGUGCUGAGCCUGGGGGUGCUGAGCUUGGAGGUGCUCUGCCUAGAGGUCCUCCGGGUGCUUCGUCUCUGCGGGAGCCACUCUCUCCACAGGAGCUGCGUGAGUGGUUUGCCCGGCGCUGGAGGCGUGCUGCUUGUGCUGGAGGUUCUUCGGCUACUGAGGGUGCUGCUGUCGCGGGUCCCGGAGGUGCUCGUACUGGGAGUACUGGAGCUGCUGGGCCUGCGAAUUCGACUGGAGCUGGUGCUGCUGAGGGUGUUGGCGAUGAGACUAGCGGUCCUGCCGAGGGUACUCCUGGUGCUGCUAGAGGUUCUGGAGCUGCUGGAGGUGCUGCUGGAGCGGGUGCUCCUGCUGGAAGUACUGGUGCUGUCUCUGCUGUGUUUGGCGUCGCCGUGCGGCCUCGACCGUACUUCUUUCCACUCCUGCAGCAGGUUCUUGGUCUUCCCCCUUCUACUGGUCCUCCUCCUUCUUUAGAGUGUCCACAGCCUGUCCCGUCACAGUUCCAGUUGCAGCCUACCUCCCCUUUGCCUGCUCCUUCUCCCUACUCUUGUCCUACUGGAGGUCUUGCUGAGCGUCGUGAGCCUGCGUCUCGCCCUGCGUCGCCUGUCCGUGCUGCUCGCGCUAGUGGUCGUGGUUCAUGUCAGCGUCCUCCUCCUCUCCCUGGCACGCACAGGAUGUCUUUGCGUCCGUCCACUGCUCCUCUGCGUGCCCCUUUGCCUUCUCCUCCUGCGUCCUCUCUUCCUGCUCUUGCCGACCUGGAGUUGGACUCUCUUCGUGCUGCCAGUCCUACUGUCACACGUCUCCUGGCUACUGUCGUCGCUGACCCUUCUUUCGAGUCCACUGCUGCGUCUGCCCUAGUUGCUGAGCUCGUCGACUUUGCUGCUCGAUGUUGCCUAGACUACGCUGCCAGUCUUGUCGCUGAGUCUGAGUCUGUCUGUCCUCCGUCCGUCGGGGGUGAGUGUGCCCUUGGUACGGACGUCCUUGAGGACAGGCAAGAGGAGUUCCAGUGCUUGGCCGCUGCUUCACCUCAUCUCGUGUCCGCACUGCUUACCCUUGAGGGAGACCCGGAUGCACUUGACAUCCCGACUCCGCGCUCUUACGCGGAGGCGAUAGAGGGUCCCUACUCUUCUCAGUGGCAGGCAGCUAUGGGUGCAGAGAUGGCUUCCUGGAAGUCCACAGGCACCUACAUUGACGCUGUCCCCCCUCCUGGGGCGAACAUCGUCAGUGGCAUGUGGAUCUUCAGGGUGAAGCGGCCGCCGGGUUCUCCGCCUGUCUUCAAGGCGCGUUACGUGGCUCGUGGCUUCAGUCAGCGGCAGGGAGUUGACUACUGUCAGACCUUCUCCCCCACCCCGAAGAUGACCACUCUUCGGGUACUGUUGCACGUUGCUGCUCAUCGUGACUACGAGCUGCACUCUCUCGACUUCAGCACAGCUUUCUUGCAGGGCAGCCUGCACGAGGAGAUCUGGCUGUGCCGCCCACCUGGCUUCACUGGGUCUUUCCUUCCUGGUACCCAGUGGAGUCUCUGGCGACCAGUCUAUGGUCUCCGCCAGGCGCCACGUGAGUGGCACGACACACUGAGGACUACACUUGCGGCUCUUGGUUUUGCUCCUUCUACUGCCGACCCGUCGCUGUUUCUGCGCACCGACACCUCACUGCCGCCGUUCUACAUCCUCGUGUAUGUCGACGACUUGGUCUUUGCCACUGCUGACACUGCUGGACUCGCCUACGAGAAGUCCGAGUUGCAGAAGAGACACACGUGCACAGACCUGGGUGAAGUGCGCAGCUACCUUGGCUUGCAGAUCACCCGGGACAGAGCACGCCGCACCAUUACCCUGACUCAGUCACACAUGGUGCAGCAGGUCCUUGAGCGCUUCGGCUUCACGUACUCCUCGCCUCAGGCCACUCCUCUGUCUACUCGCCACUCACUCUCAGCUCUGCCUUCGUAUGAGUCCGUAGAGUCGAGUGGCCCGUACCCAGGGCUUGUUGGCUGCCUCAUGUACCUGAUGACCUGCACACGACCUGACCUUGCAUACCCUCUUAGCAUUCUUGCACACUAUGUUGCUCCUGGGAGACACCGACAAGAGCACAUGGCUGCAGCGAAGAGGGUGUUGCGCUACUUGUGCAGUACGUCAGACAUGGGGCUAGUGCUUGGAGGGCGGAGUCCAGUGGUCCUCACUGGGCACGCGGACGCUUCUUGGGCUGACGACCAGGCUUCGCAACGGUCGUCACAGGGUUACACCUUCAGCCUUGGUUCCGGCUCUGUUUCAUGGCGGGCUACUCGCUCGUAUUCUGUUCUCGGCUCCAGUUGUGAGGCUGAGAUCUACGUUGGGGCCAUGGCUGCACAGGAGCUUCGCUGGCUCACCUACUUGCUGACCGGCCUCGGAGAGCCGCCUCGUUCUCCUCCAGUUUCGUACGUGGACAACAAGGCCAUGCUGGCCUUGUGUCGAGAGCAGAGACUGGAGCACAGAACAAAGAACAUUGCUCUCCGCUACUUCCUUGCUCGUGAGCUACAGCAGUGUGGACAGUUGCGGCUUGCGUACGUGGCCUCUGAGGCCAACAGUGCUGAUGUCUUCACCAAGGAACUUCCGCCUUGUGAUCAUCAGCGCUUCUGCACUCAGCUGGGUCUUGUCCCUGUCUUGCCUCACUUGCUCACCUCUUAA